CACUACAAAAUUAAUGGUGCUGUUUCAAACAUCAUCUGUUCUAUAACUUUUGGGAACCGCUUUGACUACCAUGACAACCGUUUCCAGGAAUUACUGCACUUGCUGGCUGAAACACUGCUACUCAUUGGAAGUUUCUGGGGCCAGCUGUAUAACGCUUUUCCUUUGGUCAUGAGCUGGCUGCCAGGACCCUUCAAGAAAAUCUUCAGGCACUGGGAGAAACUUCGAUAUUUUGUGAAAGGUGUGAUCGCAAAGCACAAGGAGCAUUUGGACCAGUCCGAGGCAGGAGAUUAUAUUGACUGUUACCUGAGGGAAAUAGAAAAGUUUAAGGGUGAUACCAGCUCAUAUUUCCAUGAGGAAAAUCUGUUGUGCUCCACCUUGGACCUGUUCUUAACUGGGACUGAGACAACGGCGACUGCCAUCCGCUGGGCCGUGCUCUACAUGGCCAUGUACCCCCAUAUCCAGGAGAAAGUACAGCUGGAAAUCGACACGGUGCUUGGCCAGUCCCGCCAGCCCACGAUGGCCGACAAGGAGAAUAUGCCCUACACCAGCGCGGUGCUGAGCGAGGUCCUGAGAAUGGGCAACGUGGUGCCACUGGGGGUGCCCAGGAUGGCCACCAGCGACACCACCCUGGCCGGCUUCCACCUGCCCAAAGGCACCACUCUGAUGACCAGCCUGACUUCGAUAAUGUUCGACAAAAACGUGUGGGAGACUCCAGACACCUUUAAUCCUGAACAUUUCCUGGAAAACGGCCAGUACAGGAGGCGGGAGGCUUUUCUGCCCUUCUCUGCAGGCAAGAGGGCUUGUCCCGGGGAGCAGCUCGCCAGGACUGAGCUCUUCAUCUUCUUCGUAGCCCUCCUGCAGAAGUUCACCUUCCAGGCGCCAGCAGACGCCGCGCUGACCUUCGCCUUCACACUCAGCCUCACACGCUGCCCCAAGCCCUUCCAGAUCUGUGCGAUGCCUCGUGACUGAGGUCGAUGUGGGGCUGCCCUGUGACCCUCCUCUGCAGCCCUCCACAAACUGGAGAGUCUCCCUUCACCCAUCUGCCCCACAGAU